AUGGAAAAAAUUAUCGAAUCUCUUCUUAAUUCGGCACAUCCUGAAGACGUAAAAAAUAAAUUUAUUGUAGUUUAUUUAAAAGGCUCAAGUAAUUCAAAUAACUUACAAAAAGCAGAUUGGGAACAACUUUGCGAAUAUGCAUAUGGGCUCAUCACCAAGAAUACCUCUCGCGUUCAUUAUGUUUCGGGUGAACUUAUUCUGUCUCAAAUAGCACAAUUACAGACAUCAAUAUAUAUGCUUUAUUUUAAUUCGGAUUGGAUAGGACAAACCCUUAGUAAUGCAAAUAAUGUGCCUUCGUAUCAACAAUUAAGAGCAUUAAUUAAGAUAAUUAAAUUUAAACAAGAAGUUGCAAGCAAUUCCGACGAUGUUAAAAACGAUUGUCAAUUAUUACAAUCCUGCGCUAAUAAAUAUAUUGGGGUAGUCAAAAGUAGGAUCGAUUGGUUGCAACUUUUUGUAUAUAUGUUUAUUGAUAUUCCACAAUCAAUUCCCGAAGAUCACGGUAGAUUAAUUGAGGUACUUGUGUAUGCUUUAGCGAUUCCGGAGAAUGACUCUUUAGAAUCAUAUAAUGAAUUUGUGGAGCAGACUGUAAAUCUGAUUGAAUCUUUAUGGAAAAAAAGCACGGAAAAUAUAGGUAUUACCAUCCGUGAAGUCUUUAUAAGGCUUUCGAGCAAUCAAACUUGUUCCAAAUCUAUAGUACUUUUAAUUAGUAAGAUACCUAAAUCAUGUACAUCAAUUAUUUUACCUUAUGUUCAGAAGAUUCCCCCAAAUGAUAUUAAUAAAUUUGAAGUAUGUAUUGAACGAAUGAUUUCAAUGAUACCACACCAAUUCGCUGAUAAUAUUGGUUGUUGGAUCGUAGAAUUAGUCAAAGCUUUGGAAAAAUCACAGGAUAAAACUAUAUUAAUACGGAUCGCUCGUGCAAAUACGGCUAGAUGCUUUGAAUAUUUGCUGGAACGCAAUGCGCGUAAUGAUGCUUUAAUGGUUGGUGAAUAUUUACUACUUGGAGCACCCGACGUCUUCGAUUUAAUCAUUUCAACUUUUUCUAAAGUUUUGGAGAAGAUUGCUCAAGAGGAAGAUCGAGUCACUUUGCUUGAACUUUCAAAAAUAGCCCAAUGUCUUAUGCAUCGAUUUCCUAGUGGAGGCUAUAGAUAUUCGCAACUUUCUAAAACUUUGAAAUCGCUCAAUUUGCCGGAUUUGAAACAGGAUGAAAUUUCGGAUAUACUUAGAAAGAAUACAUGGUUUAAGGGAACGAAUAUUGCAGGUGGUCGUAAGGAAACUAUGACGAAGACUCCUAUUUAUUCCUCGCAAAUUACAAAAAAGAAAGGAUUACAAAACUUAGGAAAUACAUGUUUUAUGAAUAGCGUACUUCAGGCGUUAUUCAACUCAAUGGAAUUCAGAAAUCGCAUAUUACAGGCAGAAAUUUCAAAAACAAAAACACCAACGAUUUAUCAACUUCAAAUAUGUUUUGCUUGUAUGAUGUUUUCCACUAAAUCAUAUUUUUCGCCAUCAGAAUUACUGAAGACUCUACCAGAAUGGUUGAAUGAUGGUCGACAACAAGAUUGCCAUGAAUUUUUGAAGCAAGUAUUAUUUCGGAUUGAAGAGGAGUCAGAAAAAUCUAAAAAAUCUAUAUCAGAAGAAAUUUCAACCACGACUGAUAUUCCUAUAUGUCCGUUUGGUGGAAAAUUAGAGAACACAAUUAAGUGUCUGACAUGCGGGAACAAAUCAAAAACGGAGGAAGAAUUUCAUGACCUUUCCCUCUCAUUAAAAGUUGAUGCAUCAGAUAAUCUUUCGUUCUCAGAUUUACUGUCGGAAUUUCUUUCCGAAGAGGACCUAAAAGGUGAUAAUCAAUAUUCUUGUGAUAAAUGUGGAGGAUUACGUGAUGCAUUAAAGUUAACGCGAAUAAUUAUACCACCGCGUUAUUUAAUAUUAUCGCUUAAUCGAUUCGAGUAUAAUGUGGAAUAUGGUAGAAGAAUAAAAAUUAUGACGCACGUUCCAAUACAAGAUUCGCUAUUAGUGGUACAAGCUCAUGACCAUGAUAAAUCGAUAAACGGCCAAAUUAAUGGUAAAGUUAAUGGAAUUACAAAUGAAAACGUUAAUGAGAUACAAUAUGAUUUGUCGGCGAUCGUAAUACACUCUGGCUCAUCUGCUGAAUAUGGCCAUUAUUACACGUACGCAAAGGAUGAAGAUGAUGAUAAAUGGUAUAAUUAUAAUGACAGUUAUGUUAUUACUUCAUCGCUAUCAAGAAUUAUUUCUGAAGGGAAAGAUUUCAAAUCGGACACCCCUUACCUCUUGUUUUUCAAACAAAAAAAUAUAAAUAAUCACAAACUAUCUGAAAUUUCUCCAGUUCUUAGAGAAGAAGUUGAAAAGAAAAAUAACUACAAUGAUGCUUUUGGUAAAAGUGAUUUUUCAACGGAUGGCAAAAAGAAUGAUAAAGAUGAAGAAAAUCCACUUAGCGGAUACGAUUUUUUUGAUUUUGAUAAAUCUGUAUUUUAA